AUGGCGAGUUGCAGGAGCAGCGUGGAGAAAGCAGCGGUUUUGUGCUGCUUCUUGCUGGCAAUGGGGAGCCUAACCUCCUGCGCCCGGCCGGAGGAGGAGGAAGAGCAAGAAAAGCAGCGCUCCUGUCACGGUGCCUUUGAUCUCUACUUCGUCCUGGAUAAGUCUGGAAGUGUCAGAAAUCAUUGGACAGAGAUUUAUUCUUUUGUGGAAAGCCUAGCUGAGAAGUUCAUAAGUCCAAUGUUGCGGAUGUCUUUCAUCGUUUUCUCUUCACGAGGCACUACAGUCAUGAAACUAACAGAAAACAGGGAAGCCAUAAGACGAGGGCUUGAUAUUCUUCAGUAUGAAGUGCCUGGAGGAGACACGUUCAUGCAUGAAGGAUUUAAAAGGGCAAAUGAGCAGAUUUACCAUGAAACCUAUGGAGGAGUUCGGACCGCUAGUGUGAUUAUUGCUUUGACGGAUGGAGAAUUGCAAGACGUUCAGUUUUAUUAUGCAGAACAAGAAGCCAACAGAGCCAGAAGCCUUGGAGCUAUUGUGUAUUGUGUUGGAGUGAAAGAUUUCAAUGAAACUCAGCUGUCAACAAUUGCUGACAGCAUCGAUCAUGUUUUUCCAGUUACGGGAGGCUUUUAUGCCCUAAGAGGAACCAUUGAUUCAAUUCUCAAGAAAUCUUGCAUUGAGAUCCUAGCAGCUGAACCAUCGAGUGUUUGUGCAGGAGAAUCAUUUCAAGUUGUGGUAAGAGGCAACGGCUUUUAUCAUGCAAGAAAUAUCGACCAGGUACUCUGCAGCUUCAAGCUCAACGACAGCCUUACUAUCAAUGAAAAGCCAACCCUUGUUCAUGAUACUUACUUACUUUGUCCUGCCCCAGUGAUAGAAGAUGCUGGACAGGUGGUUUUCCUACAAGUCAGCAUGAACAACGGGCUAACGUUUAUCUCCAGCUCUGUCAGCAUCACCAGCACACAGUGUCUGACUGGGACCAUCCUUUUCAUUGCUCUCCUGAUUCUUUUUCUACUGCUGGCUCUGGCUCUUCUGUGGUGGUUCUGGCCCCUUUGCUGCACGGUGGUGAUCAAGGAGCCACCGCCACCACCACCUCCAGAGCCUGAAUCAGAUGAUGAAGAUGGAUUGCCGAAGAAAAAGUGGCCAACCGUGGACGCAUCUUAUUAUGGAGGUCGAGGUGUUGGUGGGAUUAAGAGGAUGGAGGUGCGAUGGGGAGACAAGGGGUCAACAGAGGAAGGAGCAAAAUUGGAGAAGCCCAAAAAUGCUAUUAUUAAGUUGCCAGAACAGGAGUAUGAGCCAUGGGAACCCAAGCCAAAGAAGCCCCAUGUGAGAAAACCACCUUCCCAGCGGAAAUGGUACACUCCAAUCAAGGGCAAACUUGAUGCACUGUGGGCUUUGGUUCGACGAGGCUAUGAUCAAGUCUCUCUUAUGAGACCACAGCCAGGGGAUAAGGGAAGAUGCAUAAACUUCACUCGGGUGAAAUCGGAUGGAACCUCUGCCCCUUACAGCCCACCGCCGAAGCUGCCACGGCGCGAUGAUGUUCCUCUCAACAAUGUUCCAAGGAAUCCUUCUCCUCCUGUGUCUCUGCAGCCCCCUUCCAGGCAGCCACCUCCUGGACCACCCCCAUCCCGAGCCCCUCCUGGACCUCCUCCUUCACGCCCACCCCCGCAGCCCAUGGCUUAG